AAUUAGGGGAAUAAAGACUCUGGGGCAACUGUGAGAGAGAGCGAGGGAGAGAGGAUGGGCCAGGAGGAGGAGGAAGAGGAGGGGGAGGAGGAGGAGGAAGAGAGCGAGAGAGAGAGAGAGAGCGAGAGCAAGGCAGUGUGGAAGCGACGAAGGGAGGGAGUGUGCGCGGGCCGCUAUACUUUACCUGUGGCAGUGGCUCUGGGGUCUUAGUGAGUCCAAGGCCGUCAGGGAGGACGCGUGGCACUCCUCCUCACCAGUGCCAGCCAGUGAAGAGGCACCAAGGAAGACAACUCAAAGCCCGGGAGGAGAAAAGCGCGAAAACCACGAGAGAAAAGGAAGAAGCGAAGGAAAAGAAGUGUGUAACAGUGAAGUGAACGAGAGAAAAGAAAGAAGAAAUAGACUAACUAACUAACGAGAGAGGAGUUGAAACACGAAAUCCAAGAAGAAAAUUGAGAAAAAGAAAGAAAGAAGUGACCAACCAACCAUAACCAGAGAGAGAGAGAGAGACCACCACCACCACCACCAUCAGGAGACCUCGUGUGUGCCUGUAACUGUGUGUGUGUGUGUGUGUGUGUGUGUGUGUGUGUGUGUGUGUCCAGAAAAAGUACACACACACUACUUUCUCGACCAACAAUCAAAGGUUUACACACACGCACACACAAACUUUUUAAAGAACCACUACCCACCACCACCACCACCACCCAGAUGUCUUCCCCCGGGCCUCCACCACCACCAAUCACCACCACAACCACCAGCACCGAAGGGGAACCGAGGGAAGGACAGAUAUAAGGAGAGAUUGGAGUCCUGCGAAGGAUACGAAAGUGACCAACCCGCAACAAGCCUUCUGCCUCCUCGUCAUGGCAAAUUCCUUCGUUAAAUGGUGCAGAGCGAAAUUCUUCAAUGGCUACAAGCAUAUUAAUGUGUUGGCGCAAGAGGAAGGCUGCGGGAGAUCUGACACUGAGACGCUGGUGAGGGCGGGGGAGGAGGAGCUGUUCAUCUCAACCCCCACGCCCACACCCGCCCCCACCCAUGCCCACCCAGCCCCCCACGGAAGACCCCCCGCCCCCCACCACCCCCGCCACCCCCUCGCCGCUGGCACAUAUGUUGUGGAGGUGUCUUGUGACGUGAGUGUGGCCGCGGGUGACCUCGAGAGACAAGAGUUCUCCUUCACCCUUUACGACUUCGACGGGCACGGGAAGGUUACCAAGGACGACAUCGCGGGGCUGGUACGCACGAUAUACGAGGCUGUGGGUUCAUCGCUGUCCCUCCCUCCGAGUGGCUCCCGGACCAUCAAAGUCAAGCUCACCGUCGCCCCGGAGUCAAGCAGAACCCGACCCCAACCCGAGGACAAGGAGGCGGAGCAGGAGAAGGACGAUGAGGAUGAGGAGGACUACGAGGAUGAGGACGGCUGUGGAGUAGGAGGAAAAGGAGGGCAGAGAGGGAGGAGAAGAGGAGGGCGGAGAAGAUCGACGUCCCUCCAAAGACAUGAGCUGCUGCAGAUUAUCCAAGCCAAUAUGGAGAAGAAUAACCUGUUUUACACACCUCUACACCGGCCACACCACCCCCACUACCCCCAUCACCACUCACACCCACACCACCAUCACCACCACCACCCCCGUCGUCGUCGCCCCCGCCCCUCCUGCCCCUGUUCCCCGCCCGACCCUGCCCAGGUGAAGGCGAGGUUGAUGGAGCCGGAUUGCCCCUGCCGACAGACCCACUACCACAGCCACACCCAUGGGCCGCCCUCGGGGUCACGGCUGAGUGGGUGUCGCAAGCAUCACAGGUCACACUCCCAUGACCUAACCCGGGACUCGCCUCCGCAUGUGUUCCGCGCGCACCUCCUCGAGAAAGCCUUCCACCCGUUACCCCCGUCAAACACCCCCGAUCAACCACCAUCGCCACCCACCCUCCCGCACCACCACCACCACCACUCCCAGCCGCGUCAUCACCACCAUCACCACCACCACCACAGAUCGAGGUCAUACGAUGGUGGUGACACGCAGAGGUCAUCACCGAGGGCACGAAUCACUCGGGGGUCACGGUGCACCCAACAGGACUCACCAAAAUCCCCGCCUGACGUGACCCAAACCCAAGCUCAACCCCAGCCUUUAGUCAGUUCCCCAAGUAAGGAGUCCCCGAGAGGAGGCGUUGGGGUGUCCGUCGGGGUGAGCGGGGGUGUGGACGGCUCCCCAAACCCCCCAAAACACCGACAUAGGGCCGCGGAGCAUGAUCGGGCCAUGGCGCAAGUCGUGGCUUGGCUUGAGCGCGGCACCCUGCUUGACCCCCCCACCCCCACGCCCUGCUCCCCCACCACCUCCCCCAACACCCCCAACACAUCCCCCAACGCCACCGAGCAGACCCAUCACGUUCACCAGCAUAUCCACCACCACUAUCACCACUACGGAAACCAGCACCUCCCCCCCUUGGUCCUCUGAGACACCCCCUGCACCUCCCCUUCCCUCGCACUCACCUUCACUCUCUCGUGGAGGAGGGAGGUGCGGAGAGGGGGGGCGGGUGCAGCUCCCCUCACCCUCUAAACCCCCCUCACCCCCCCCAGUAUCACCCCCUUCCCAUAUCACCCCUUUCCCUUUCAUUUACCUGUGCGAAAAUUGAGGUUCACAGGUGUGCUAUGGGGAGGUGCCAUCUCGUUAGUGGUGUCUCCGUUACCUUUGGCACUCUUGAUAAGGUCACAGUGCUAUUUGACCUGACCUGACCUGGCUACACACACACAUAGACAUACAUUCAGUCUUUUUUAAUUUUGUUUGUUUGUGUUUUUGUGUGUGUGUGUGUGUGUGUGUGUGUGUGUGUGUGUGUGUGUGUGUGUGUGUGUGUGUGACUUCAUUCAUUCCUCCGCGUUCUUCCUCGUCAUUCAUUCCUUCAUUCCUGGCGUUUAUAUAUUUUUCAAAGUGUCUAUAUAGUCUUCGGAACAUUCCUGGGAAGUGACCUCUUGCUACACACACACACACACACACACACACACACACACACACACACACACAACAGGAAUCAAAUGAGAACUUCUGCCACUGGUCAAGAAAAUACAAUUGCUCAUUUGAUUUAAUUUUGUACCCAAUCUAUUUUAUUUUCAAUUAUUUACCUCUUUUAUGUUAAUUUAUUCAUGUUUAUUUAUUUAUUUAUUUUUAUUUCGAUACUUUUUGUCAUAUUUCAACGCCACAGGUCAGGUAUUUUGCCCCUAUUCUAUGUUAUAUUUAUUUUCCUAUUUAUUUAUUUAUUUAUCUUUUUAUUUCUACACUUCUUGGUCAGAUUUCAACAGGUCAGGUCAGGUCGGGUCGGGUCAGUCUCCUCUCGCAAACAUUCCCCACAACAGUUCAAAUCCUCGGGUCUGUUCCAUUCGGUUUUUACAUUUCGUUCCGUCAAGCCUUUAUUUUUUUUUCCCCACUCACUCACUCAUCCGCGACGCUUCUUUGUUAUGUUCUCUCUCUCGCUCGCUCGAAGAAGAUGCCGUUCAAUUGUGUCUGUGUGUGUGUCUCCUCUCUACUCUCGUGUCAGAAGUGGAAGGAUGUAUCGUGAAAAGAAGGGGUUAACGAGAAGGGUGAAUGAAGGAAAUGAAGGAGCGAUCAGAAAAUGUGAUGAUAUUGAUGAAGGAAAGAUUAAGAAGGAGAGAGAAAUAUAAAGAACAACAAUGAGAAUAUAGAGGAAGAGGAAGCGAGUUAAAGAAGAGAUUGAACGGAAGGAAAGGAAGGAGUGAUUAUAAGCAGGGACGAGAUUGACGAGAGAAAGUUAAGAGAGAGAAAAAAAAAGGAAAUAAGUGAUAAUGUUGAUGAAAGAAAGAAAUUGAGAUAGAACAAGAUUGACGAAAGAAAAAGACAUAAAAAGAGAAAGAAAAAGAAGGAAUAUAACCGUGAUAAGAUUGAUGAAGGAAAGAAAUUGAGACGGAACAAGAUUGAUGAAAGAAAAAGAAGGAAAAUAACCGUGAUAAUAUUGAUGAAGGAAAGAAAUUGAGACGGAACAAGAUUGAUGAAAGAAAAAGACAUGAAGAGAGAAAGAGAAAGAAAAAAUAACACUGAUAAGAUUGAUGAGGGAAAGAAAUUGAGACGGAAAGAGAGAAAGAAAGAAAAGAGAGGAUGAAGGUAGAAGAGAAAAGGAAGAAAAAGAUGAAGAAAAGAAGAUAGAAAAAUACACUUGAGAAAUUCUACUUAAAUGGGAAAGUUGUUUUAUUCUUGAAAGUUUAUGAAAAGGGAGAAAAAGUGGAAACAUGGAAAUUUGCAAAGUGAGAAAGAGAGAGAGAUAAGUGGAUUGGACAAGGGCAGAAAAAGGGAGGAAAGGAGAAAGGAAGAAGGUUAUGAAACAGGAAAGAAGAGGAAAGAAAGAGAGAGAAAAAAAAUGGAAGCAGGGAAGGAAGAGGAGAGAGAGAGAGAGAGAGAAACAAAGAAAAAAAGAAAAACAAUGACAAACCAGACAUUUAAAUAAACCACAUGAUUUCUGGGCUAAUAAAAAAACUUAAAACCCAGAAAUUAAAAAAAAGUGACAAUUCAGGAAAAUAAGAAAAAAGAAAAAAGUGGACGAAAGAAAGAAA